CUUCCGUGAGGAGAGACGGCUGUCGAGAGCGCAAGUACGGCGGCACAGUUCAAAGUCAUACUCCCUGAUUCGGAGCCAGGUGUUCCGAGUGCCUCGAUUUACGUUGCAACCAUGAGCAUUUCGAUGCGAAGGACUACUUAAGUGCUUCCCCCUAUUGCGCAUUGAGAUCUACUACAGCAAUGGGAAAGGUGAGCGCCUCACUUGGCACCACUCGCACGACAACUUGGCUCUGCAAAAGCAAGCGAGGUACUGCGUUCUAAUCUCCCUCGAACGAUUACGAAGCGCUCUGCAAGAUCCCAGUUGAAACAGUACCACAGCCAAUACCGCCGAGAUGGAACGCGAGAGCUACACGGUGCAUGACAUCAAUGAGCUCCUUAUGGCACAGAAUGAGUAUGCCCUUGCGAAGCUAGAGUGGAGGGGCGCGGAGGAACGCACGAAGCACAUUCUUUUCGAUGAUGAUCAGGAAUUCGGUUUACGGAAGCACCGCUCUAUCCAGCAUCACGCAACCUCAGUGGCCCAAGCGACUAUCAAAGCUGAGCAAUCUGAGCUCGACUCUCUUCGCGCGCAACUCGACAACGCACGCAACUCGUUGAUUCGGAGGCGAGCGCGUCUUGAGAAUGCACGGCGAUUACUUUCAGGAGAAGUACGGCCGGGCAUCGAACGCCUCCGGGAGCGGAUCGAGCAAAGCGGGCAGGAGAGGACUGCGAUAUGCGGCAGGAUUCGCAAGAGACGGAAACAGCUGCUCAGCGCUCUUGAGGAAAUAUACCCCAUCGAAGUCGUCGAACCUUCGAUCUUGCUGUUCAGCAUUGCUGGCGUACCGCUCCCGAACCUAUCUGACACUUCGUUAACCCAACUGUCACUCUCUGCAUCGCUGAACAACUCCGCAGGAAAGUUAGAGGAACAGCUGUGCAAUGACGACGACACUGUCUCCUCAGCCCUUGGCCUCUGCGCCCAGCUGCUGGUGCUGCUAUCGUCGUACCUUUGCAUACCCUUGCAUUACACGAUCGCACCCGCAGGUUCGCGCUCUGUGAUUCACGAUGCGAUCAGCGCGAUCCAAGGCCCGCGUGUGUUCCCGCUCUACGCAAAGGGUAUGGAGCGCUAUCGCUUCGAGUACGCGCUCUUCCUGAUGCAGAAAAACACAGAGCAACUUUGCAGCCAGCUGAACGUGGCUGUGUUGGAUAUCAGGCAUAUGUUGCCGAAUAUCAAAAAUGUCAUCGUGAGCUUCCUCAGCAGCAGUGGCUCAGAAAGCAGCUGGAUGGAUCAAAGGGGGAGGCGGCGCGUUGCAGACGAUGAUCCAACAGCAUCGGAAAUCACGCUCCGAGACCUUUCGCCGGCUUGUAGCUUGCAUAAACACAUCCAUAACGCGCAUGCGCGAGCCAACGGCGCAGCGGACGAUCAUUCAAAGGAAGAGGAACAGGGGCGUCACAGUAACAGUCGCAGCGGCAAGGUGGGAAAAUUUGACAGAACGAGCAGGCGUCACUUUGCACCUAGUCCGCUAGCACCGAGGAAGGAGGCGGCGGCAUGGAGCAAAGCAGCAUCCAAAAGGUUAGUGUCUGCGUCAAACACCACUGGUCCAGAAGCAGAAGGGCGUUCAGAAGAAGCCGCUGCAAGGGCGAGCGCAUUGCAGAAAGGACAGAAAGCGUCGCCGCGACAAGAGGCGCAAACUCAAGGCUCAUCAUUCGCGUGGUUGACUUGGCGGGGGACCCAAGCGGCCUCGGCGGCUGCAGCUGCGGCGGUCGUUGGCAGCGGCCAUAAGGAAGAGAUUGGCAAAGAUGCCGAAGGAACGGGGAAUACGAAUGGAUAUGCCAAGCCAGCGGACCCUCCUGUAAUUCGUAGUCUCGGUGCAAAAUAGUAUUUCUUUUCC